AGUGACUCGCCCCCCUGCGACCGCCCAGCGGGGACCUCUGGCCUUUUGAUUUGUUCCCGCACGUGUGUCCGAGGCUUUAGUGGCUCUGAAGGAAGGAGACGGGAACAAGCCUGAAACUCAGAGAAUAGUACUGCACACUCUGGACUGGGUCUUCCUACACCAAUUAAGACAACCUCCCUAUCCAGACACCCUACAGGCCAACUGGAUCUACAUAAUCCCUGCUUCAGAUUCUCUUCUCCAGGCACCAAGAGAAGAGCCCUAAUGCAUAGCCCAAGACUCUUCCUUUCCAGGGUGGGCCUGUUCUCUGAAACAGGACUGCUUCCCUGGUGUACCACAAAACCACGAAAUUGUUCACGGCCCUUUUUGGGCACAGCAUGUAAAGGAAAUUUCACUCAUGUGAUAACCAAGAAGUAUCCAAGAGGACAAAAGUGUCAAAAGAAACAAAGCUAUGUUAGACCACCAGAUGACUGUUGGGAGGAGAGACUGGCUGAUGUGGUGACUCCACUCUGGAGGCUGAACUAUGAAGAACAACUCAAGGUGAAGUUUGAAGCUCAGAAGAAAAUUUUACAAAGUCUAGAGUCUUACCUACAAAUGCUCCAUGGUCUCAAUGGCACAGGGGCUGCACCUCAAACUGAGGGGCUCCGUUGUCUCCUCCAUCCCAUUAUUCCCUCUCCUGUCAUCAAUGGCUACCGAAAUAAGUCCACCUUCUCUGUGAACCGAGGCCCAGAUGGCAAUCCAAAGACUGUGGGAUACUACCUGGGAACUUGGAGAGAUGGGAACGUUGUCUGUGUACCGUCUAACCAUCUGAAAAACAUCCCUGAGAAACACAUUCAAGCGGCUCAGUGCUAUGAAGUAUUCCUUCGACAGUCUUCAGUAGAACCCUGCCUUCUAUUUCAUGAAGGUGGACACUGGCGUCAGCUUACAGUUCGAACCAAUAACCAAGGGCACACAAUGGCCAUCGUCACUUUCCAUCCCCAGGGAUUAAGUCAGGAGGAGCUCUGUGUUCAGAAGGAGAACUUGAAGGAUUUUUUCAUCAAAGGCCCUGGAGCAGUCUGUGACUUGACCUCACUUUAUUUCCAGGAAAGCACCAUGACCCGUUGCAGCCAUCAGCAGUCCCCCUACCAGCUCCUGUUUGGGGAACCCCACAUCUUUGAAGAUCUCCUGGGUUUGAAGAUUCGCAUCUCUCCAGAUGCCUUUUUCCAGAUCAAUACUGCUGGUGCAGAGAUGCUCUAUCAGACUGUGGGGGAGCUGAGUGGAGUGAACUCGAAUACCAUCCUCCUUGACAUUUGCUGUGGAACUGGUGUGAUUGGCCUUUCUCUGGCUCGACAUGCAUCCUAUGUCCUUGGCAUUGAGUUGUUGGAGCAGGCAGUAGAGGAUGCCAGGUGGACUGCAGCCUUCAAUGGUGUCACCAACUGUGAAUUUCACACUGGUAGAGCAGAGAAGAUUUUGCCACCACUGUUAAGGUCAAAAGAUGAUAAGCAAUUAACUGUUGCUGUGGUGAACCCAGCCCGCGCUGGACUGCAUUACCAAGUGCUUCAAGCCAUACGGAACUGCACGGCCAUCCACACUCUAGUUUUUGUUUCCUGCAAGCCCCAUGGUGAAACCACAAGAAACUUCAUUGAGCUGUGUUGUCCUCCAAACUCUGCUAAGAAGCUUCUAGGAGAGCCUUUUGUCCUGAGACAAGCUGUACCUGUGGAUUUGUUUCCCCACACUCUACACUGUGAGCUGGUCCUCCUCUUCACUCGAUAAGCAGCCUCCUAGAAGACUACAGGCUGUUUGUUAAGGCGGAAGUUUCAGAAACGUCCAGGUUUGUCAUAUUUCUGCAUUGCAGACCCUGAGAAGACAGUCUUUGAAUCAUGAACAGGAAGAAUAUCGCAAGCCUCCUUUUUUGAGUCAGAUUGAACCUUAGCUGUCAUAGUCCCUUGGGAUUAUUCGAAUUUGCCGAGUUUUGGUACUCCCAACUCUUUGAACCUGGAUUUGUGCUGCUUUUUCCUUUUGCCAUUUACUUAGCAUCGUCUCAAUUAAUAAUCUUGUACCCUCCAUCUUAUUUCUGCUUAUAUUUGGGGGCUAACUGCUUUUUUCACAGCUGGUAAUAAUGUUCGGGGUCCAAAAAAUUCCCUGAAUUGACCACUCAGACACUGAGACUCAGGAGAACUUAACUGCUUUAUUGAAACCUACUGGCCAGGGACGUAGGCAGGCUCAGGAGCUACACUGCAACUCAGAGCCGUGGAAAUGCAGGGCUUUUAAAAAAAAGCACAAAAACUGUAGGGCAGGGGAUUUCUAUAGUAACCAUAAACAGAAGAACCAGGAAAGGAUUUGAACAAUGGAGGGGAUUUCCAGAGUCAGGCGGAGGGCAGCUCUUUCUCAGAGGACAGGGAGGGGGUCUGAGGGGCAGGCUACUUCAAUAAUUUCAUAUUGAAUGGGGUCUGUAUAUUUGCUCUGG